AUAUAACAAAGUGACACCAGGAAAAACGUUACAAUCAGGAGGUGAAAGCUGAGCUCAACGGGCACGAUUUUCCUUACAAUUUUGUGAACGAGAAUACACGCGAAAAAUGAGUUGGCGAGAUUGGGGGAUGCCACAAGCACCAUGCACGUCGCCCUUCGUAGGCGGACUCUCGUUGACCGAUGUCUGCAAUGCCAAUUCUGCGAACUUAUUUCUGACUAUGCUGAACACAUUAGUCGCUUACAGCCCCGUAAUUAAUGAUCCAUGCGGACAUAUCACUCCCAUCAAGAAACCGAAUCUUUAUUAUGAUUUUAUUGUCGUCGGAGGUGGCGCAGGUGGAUCAGUCGUAGCCUCUAGAUUGAGCGAAAAUCCGAAUUGGAAAGUACUUCUUGUGGAAGCUGGCCCGGAUGAGCCGGCUGGCACGCAAAUACCGAGCAACCUGCAGCUUUAUCUCAACACGGAUCUGGAUUGGAAGUACAAGACGACGAACGAGACAUUCGCAUGCUUGAGAUCCAAUGGCAGCUGCAGUUGGCCGAGAGGUAAAAAUCUCGGCGGAUGCACUUCCCAUCACGGCAUGGCUUACCAUCGUGGACACGCGAAGGAUUACGAAAGAUGGGUGAAGAUGGGAAACGUGGGGUGGUCAUGGCAAGAGGUGCUACCGUUCUUCUUCAAGUCGGAGGACAAUAAGGAGAUUGGUAGAGUUCGACGGGAGGAUCAUGGAGUCGGUGGUCCAAUGACAGUCGAGAGAUUCCCUUGGCAGCCAAAAAUCGCUUGGGACGUGAUAGAAGGAGCGAAAGAGGUAGGCUUGGGUACCACCGCAGACUUGGUAGGCCCAAAAAUCACGGGAUUCACCGUAGCGCAGACCAUCAGCAAAAAUGGCGUACGACUCAGUACUCCCAGAGCUUUUCUGUGGCCGGUCAGGCACCGCAAAAAUCUGCACAUUGCUCUGAAUGCGACCGCGACGAAAGUCAAUACGAGAAAGCUGGGCUCAAAAGUAAAGGCUGAGGGAAUCACCGUCCUUAUGAACGGCCGACAUUACAACGUAAGAGCGAAGAAGGAAGUGAUCCUCGCGGCCGGUGCCAUAAACUCGCCCCAGCUGCUGCUUCUGUCGGGCAUCGGGCCGAAGAAACACUUAGAUUCCGUGGGGAUUCGCACGGUCCACGAUCUACCCGGAGUCGGUGAAAAUCUCCACAACCAUGCGUCAUUCGGCGUGGACUUCGCUCUCAAUCAGGCGAAUGAGGAUGAGCUGAACAUCGACAGCGCCAAUUUAUAUCUGUACAACCAAACUGGCCCACUGUCGUCCACGGGUAUGGCGCAGCUCACCGGAAUCCUCGUGUCCAACUACACUACCCCGGAUGAUCCGGAUAUCCAGAUCUUCUUUGCCGGCUAUCAGGCCAUUUGCAACACGGGCGGCAGAAUUGAGGACUUGAAUACAUACGAAAACAAGGAGACCAUCAGGUUUACCUCCGUAAAUAUUCAGACCCUUAGCAGAGGUCGAAUCACGCUAGCAUCAAAAGACCCACUGAGUCAUCCGAUCAUCUGGAGCAACGACUUGUCGCAACCGCAGGAUAGAGAGAUCAUUUACCAGGGUCUUCAACACAUACUAAAAUUGUCGAAAUCGAAAGCAAUGAAAAAGUACGGCUUGAAGAUGUUGCUCGACACUGUCCCAGAAUGCAAACAGUACGAAAAACAUCUGAACUAUGAAUACUGGGAUUGCCAAUUUCGAUACAACACCAGACCCGAAAACCACCAGGCAGGAACUUGCAAAAUGGGCCCGAUCGCGGAUUCCAUGGCUGUCGUCGAUCCAAGUCUCAAGGUUCAUGGCGUAGAUGGCUUGAGAGUUGCUGACGCAUCAAUUAUACCGAAAAUGAUAUCCGGUAAUCCUGUUGCUGUGAUCAACAUGAUCGGCGAAAGAGCCGCUUAUUUCAUCAAGAAUAAUGACCAAUGAAAUUAAAAAAAAGAAAUGAUUGAGACGAAUAAAACAAUUAACAUUUUUCUAUGUCAAAAAAUUAGAUAUAGAAUUGCAGUAUUUUUUUCAAAUGAUAUUUGUUAGUAAAAUCUCAUCUGUAAAUAUGACAAUUUUCGAAUGAAAUGUUUAAUAAAGAUAUCUUCACAUUGGCA